AUGGCCAAGAUAUGUGAAUGGUUAGAACGCGUAACAUUAACAACAGCGAAAUUGCAGAAGACUAUUUCCCCAAAGCCCAGCACAUUGUAUAAAAGAAUAAAUGUUGAAAGAUAUUAUUAUGAAGGGGCUGCCACAUUGUUGGAUUUAGUUCGUCUUGUGGAUACAAGGCGCAAAAAACAUAACAAAAGAUAUUCGUAUAUAUGGAACUGGGAUCACUGGUGUCAUCUCCAACCGAUAAGAGGAUAUUGUAAAAAGUCGCUAAAUAGAUUUUAUUACGAUGCACAGUUAGAUCAGUGUUUGCCAUUUAUAUACACUGGUUGCGAUGGUAACAAAAAUAAUUUUGAAACACGUUUGGAAUGUGAAAGACAUUGUAAAGGAAUUAUUUACAUCAAUGUUAAGCAUCCUACGCAACCAGCGGCUUGUUUUCUACAACCUGACACAGGUUACUGCUUGGCUCUUAUACCUAAGUAA